UGUGCUAACCAGGCUAGUCCGAAUCAGCCAUCACUUAUGAAAACACACCUUUUGGUUCCACUUCUGACUCUCUGAUUGAAUGACCUUGUGAGCAGCCUAAAUCCCAUGCACAUAUCAGGAGUUCACAAAAAACCGCUGUGUCGCAUUGCUGUUUUUCUCGCACUCAAGCUGUUCUUAUGCUGAUAUAACGUUACAAAAUCACACAUCAUAAUGUUGAUUUAACUAAUAACGUUAGGGAUUGUGCUAGCUUGGAACGUUAGCUAGUUUUUCUAGCUGAAUUCAAGAACAGUGUGCAGGAACCAUCAGAGCUGUGCAAGAACACGUGGAAUCACCGAAUUAAAAAGAAAUGACACAGUUGACUUCGGAGAACAAAGAAGUGAUGGUGAAAAAUGAGAAGAUAGAAGAGACAAGUGAGAUUACCACUGGUGUGAAGCCCAAGAAGGCCCGAAGCAAAGCUACAGGGAAAACCCAAAAUGGAAGCAAGGCCAAGGCCCAGAAGAAGAUCAAGGGCCAGAGGAGUGAAGAUCCUGACUCUGAAGUAGAUUGCACUAUGCGGCUGACCGUGAAGGAGGAGCCAGACAAUGCAGACUUUGUUACGGAGAAGAGAGGGAAGAAGAGGAAGAGGCUCAAAGAGGAGGAGGAGGAAGAGGAGGCUGGCGAAGGGCCCUCAAAGUCUCGCAAGUCGGAUAAGAAAUUAGUGAAGAAAAAGAAGAGAACCGAGGAGGAUGGCGAGGCGGCUUCGGAGAAGAAGAGGAAGAGUGAGGGGAAGCUGAAGAAGCCAAAGAAGGAGCCAAAGGAGUCGUCCGACUUGGACAAAGUGAAGAGGAUCAAGGAGGAGCGUGAGGCCGCUCGAGCCCUGAAGCUCAAACUCAAGGAGGAGGAAGAGCAACAACGCUGGAGAUGGUGGGAGGAGGAGCGCUACGAGGAUGGAGUCAAAUGGAGGUUUCUGGAACACAAAGGGCCUUACUUCCCACCAGAGUACACGCCGGUGCCCCCUGACGUCCGCUUCUACUAUGAUGGUAAACCAGUGAAGCUGAGCCCUCGGGCAGAGGAGGUGGGCCUGUUCUUUGCCCAGAUGCUGGACCACGAAUACACUACAAAAGAGGUGUUUCGGAGCAACUUCUUCAGGGACUGGAGGAAGGAAAUGAACUUGGAGGAGAGGACACUGAUUGCUGAUCUCAACAAGUGUGACUUUGGAGAGCUCCAUGCAAUGCACAAGAGUAAGGUGGAAGCUCGGAAGAACAUGACCAAAGAGGAAAAACAGGUGAUCAAGGACGCCAAUCAGAAGAUUGUGGACGAGUUUGGUUUCUGCUUGCUGGACCACCAUAAGGAACGCAUCGGCAACUUCAAGAUUGAGCCGCCAGGUCUGUUCCGUGGCCGCGGCGAGCACCCCAAGAUGGGCAUGCUCAAGAAGAGGAUCCAGCCGGAGGAUGUCAUCAUCAACUGCAGCAAGGACUCCCGUAUCCCAGAACCACCCGCAGGCCAUCGGUGGAAGGAGGUUCGCCAUGACAACACGGUGACCUGGCUGGUCAGCUGGACUGAGAAUGUCCAGGGAUCGGUCAAAUACAUCAUGCUCAACGCUAACUCCAAGCUGAAGGGUGAGAAGGACUGGGAGAAGUAUGAGGUGGCUCGUCAGCUGAAGAGCCGUGUGGGCCAGAUCCGGUCUCAGUACCUGGAGGAUCUCAAGUCCAAACAGAUGGUCACUCGCCAGAGAGCCGUGGCCCUCUACUUCAUCGACAAGCUGGCUCUGAGAGCGGGUAAUGAGAAGGAGGAGGGCGAGUCGGCCGACACCGUGGGCUGCUGCUCGCUGCGUGUGGAGCACAUCACCCUCCACGACACACUGGCUGGAGAGAGCUGCGUGGUGGAGUUUGACUUCCUGGGUAAAGACAGCAUCCGCUACUACAACAAGGUCCCGGUUAGCAAACGGGUCUUCAAAAACCUCAAGCUCUUCAUGGAGAACAAGCAGCCAGGAGACGACCUGUUCGACCGCCUGAGUACCAGUACACUGAAUAAACACCUGAGCUCUCUGAUGCCUGGACUGACGGCCAAGGUUUUUCGAACAUACAACGCCUCCAUCACCCUGCAGCAGCAGCUGAAGGAGCUGUCCAACAUGUCAGACAGCACGGCGGAGAAGCUCCUUUCCUACAACCGGGCAAACCGUGCGGUGGCCAUCCUGUGUAACCAUCAGCGCGCGCCGCCCAAGAGCUUUGACCAGUCCAUGGCCAAUCUGCAGUCUAAGAUUGACACCAGGAGGGAGCAGAUGGCCCAGGCCAAACGUGAGCUGAAGCAGGCCAAGAAGGACGCCAAAGAGAGCUCAGACCCCAAGCUCAUGACUGUGUUGGAGAAGAAGAGGAAGGCUGUGGCCCGCUGCAAGGAGCAGCUUUUGAGGAUGGAGGUGCAGGCCACAGACAAGGAAGAGAACAAGCAAAUUGCCCUGAGCACCUCCAAGCUAAACUACCUGGACCCACGCAUCAGUGUGGCCUGGUGUAAGAACUUGGAUGUGCCACUGGACAAGGUCUAUAACAAGACUCAGAGAGACAAGUUCGCCUGGGCCGUCCACAUGACGGAGAAGGACUUUGAGUUCUGAAGUGGGACUCUCCAGGAUGCAGCACUUCAUCAGAUGUUUCUGGUUGUUCAGCCAUUUUCGUUUUUAAAAAGUCAUGUUUUUAACAAUAUUUUAACAUCUUCUCAUUGUUAGCACUUGUUGGUUUUACUUGUUUUAACCUUGAUGUUUUACUCAAACGUUUUUGAAUAAAGCUGCUUGUUCAAAGGCA